UCAGGUGGAGCCGGGCUCACUCCCCUUACUUCUUCCUUUGUCUCCAUCAUGUCUGGGAAGCCGGCUCUGUGGCCCCCCGGAGGCCCCUGGACAGCAGCUGUGAUGGUGUGGCUGGUGGCGCUGAGUGUCCCAGUGGCUGAGGGCGGGGACUCUCCAUGGGACUUCGUGCACCAGUAUAAGUUCCUCUGCUACUACACCAACGGGACGCAGCGCGUGCGGCUCCUGGAGAGACACAUCUACAACCGGGAGGAGUUCGCGCUCUUCGACAGCGACGUGGGGGAGUACGGGGCGGUGACCCCGCUGGGGCGGCCCAUCGCUGAGUACUUCAACAGCCAGAAGGACAUCCUGGAGCAGAAGCGGGCCGAGCUGGACACCGUGUGCAGACACAACUACCCGAUGGCUGAGGCCACAGACUUGCACCAGCGAGUGGAGCCCACAGUGACCAUCUCCCCAGCCAAGACAGAGGCCCUAACCCACCACAACAUGCUGGUCUGCUCGGUGACGGAUUUCUAUCCAGCCCACAUCAAAGUCCGCUGGUUCCGGAACGACCAGGAGGAGACAGCCGGCGUCGUGUCCACCCCCCUGAUUAGGAACGGGGACUGGACCUACCAGGUCCUCGUGAUGCUGGAAAUGACCCCCCAGCGAGGAGACAUCUACACCUGCCGUGUGGAGCACUCCAGCCUCCAGAGCCCCCUCACAGUGGAGUGGCGGGCACAGUCUGGAUCUGCCCAGAGCAAGAUGCUGAGCGGCGUCGGAGGCUUCGUGCUGGGGCUGAUCUUCCUGGGCCUGGGCCCUGUCAUCCGUCACAGGAAACAGAAGGGGCUCCUGCGCUGACUCCUGAGGGUGCUUUGACUGGGAUUGGCUGUGUUUCUUCUGAAAUGCCUGCUUGUUGUCUUCACGCAGAUUUCCCAGCUGCCUGUGAGCCUGCUCCCUCUGAGAUCAGAGUCCUAGUUACUCUAAGGCAGUUGGCCAGGCAUAUCCUGUGCUCCUCGCCCCCCCGCCCCCCACCCUCGAGGCCAUGGCUGUGAGCUUGGAGUCUGUCCUGUGGGCUGCCAACUGAGUCUACUCAAGGCCCCCAAGACAUUUUUCUUUUGUUCCCCCCUGCCCCCCACUGUCCAAGAGAAGCGCAUUAAAGCCUUUACCUGACUCCA